CGCAACCGCGAAUUAUCCACAGUCGUGCGCCGGCAGCCGACGGAGAAGGACGGUGUGGGGCGUACCGGGACGUUGUGUUGUCGUUUGCAUAGAAAAGGUUAAAUGGUAAUCUAAACCGAUCAUGUACAACCUGAAUGUGAACGUGAAUCCUAGUCCAGCGGCUGCCGCGAGUCUUCUCGGUGUCGCGGCGGCCGAGGUCACACCAAGGACACCGGAAAUCGUAAACUCCCUCAUCGCCAUGACCAAUCCCUUCGAGGGCUACACGAACGAGAAGAGCAGGGAUCGUACGGAUUCGACUAGCAGCGGUGAGCCGAGCCCACCGAGUGUUCAGCACACCUGUAGUCAGCUCAUUAAAGAAGGAUUGAAGUUGACGCUACAAACGAAAAGAAGAGCCAACGGAAGUGGGGAUGACACGAAGAAAAAGACAAAGAAGGAAGACGGGAGUGCGGAUGACGAGGAGGAAGAAGAAGCGGGCAACAAUAAUAACCGCGGUGGAUUAACGCCAGAGGAUGAGGAGAGGCGUCGAAGAAGGCGCGAACGGAAUAAGAUAGCUGCUACCAAGUGUCGACUGAAGAAGCGUGAAAAAACAGUGACUUUGGUGCACGAGUCAGAAAUCCUCGAAACGCAAAACCACGACUUGAAGUCGCAGAUUCAGGAACUGGAGACGCAAAGGCGUAGGCUUGUAGACAUGCUAAGUCUCCAUGGACCGACUUGUCUGAAACAAGGUGGCACAGACAAUUCGUAUCAACAGUUUGCAGAACCUUUGCAGCUGCCCAGUUACCAGGAGAAUUUCGUGCAGCCUCCACCAGCAUUGAACCAACCUCAGAAUUGUGUGACAGAAUAUCCAGUAAAAGUGGAAGAGUAUGAAGCUGACUUUUACCGACAAGGAAGUCCAUUCGUACCAACCUCCGAUGCAGGUUGUACGGUUUAGUAGCUUUAUCGACGUUGUAACAAUGCCUACCGCGCCAUUUAAAGAUUAGUUUCCGUGGAGAUUUGGUUUACCGAUUAAAGAAGAUGAUACAUGGUUCCAUUAAAAAUUUAAAUAUUUGUUUGAUGGUGAAAAAACAGUUGCAUGCAUUCCAAGAAGACACGAGAAAGUAAUAACAUCUAUUUAAUUGAUGGAAGCGUCGUCGAGGUAAUUUAGGAAUUUUGUAUGUUUUUGAGAUUCUUUCGAAGAUUCUUAACAUUUCCGGUAAACCGAAUCUCCCGUUUCUUAUAAUCGCAAGUCUAUAGCUUGUAAGUUGAUUAUACUUUACAUAACAACGCGCUCCUAUUUCUCCUUUUCAUCCUAUUCUUUCUUCUUUUUUCCUUCUAUUUCUUAACAUUAUCCCUUUGCACUCGAAACGUUCGAUGUAGAACGCUUGAAGACAUUCCUUAAGAAUAACCCUUUCUUGAAAGUAAGUAACCAAUUCCUUGAAAAUAAAUACUGUGACAUUCUAAAAUAUAAUUAAUGUAAUCAAUAAAUAUAAGAUAGAAACGAAUUAUUUUUGCGAUACUCGAUUUAUUAAUAUUAGUAUGUUGAUACAUCGAAUAUUAAAAGAAAAAAGAAAAAAGAGAAAAAGAAAAAAAAAAUUUUAUUUUAUUUUAAUUUGUAUUAAUUUCUGUAUUAAAAAAUAUUUACGAAAAUUUAAAGAUAGUCAUAAAAAAUAGUCGAGCAUUGCAAAAGUGUUUCGUUAUUUUAAGUAAAAGUCGAGAAUUUCUUUUACAAAUGGCGGUUCGCAUCCGAUGUCGAUUAUUUUUUAUGCGACCGCUUUUUCUCGAUUUACCAGUGAGAAAAAAAAAGUAUAAUUUGUAUAACUCAGCAUAUAAUAAGUCUUCUGAUAUUGAUUACGACUAUCUCUCGUAUAUUGGGACGUGGCUAUGUGACGCGUUCUCAAAGGAUACUUAUAAUUAUACGAGCAAUCGUAAUGAUAUAUUUAAUACUGUGAAAUGUGCAUAUUUUAUACAAAUUACAUAUAUUAUUAUAUACGUAUACACUCGCAGACACGCACAUGUCAAACACAUACGCGUCAUUACAAACAUUAACAAACAUAUGAUAUAUAUAUAUACAUGACGAUUAAUGACAAUGACCGACGACAUACCUCAAUUUUGUGGGUAGUUACCCUUCUUCAGUGCGUUUGCACGAAAAAAUUUUAUUUUUUAAUUUUCUUUUAUAUUGUAACUCUGAUCAUGUGAUCGUUGAAAUUUUUUUAAUACACGAAGUAAUAGCGACAAGGAUGCCAAAGAACCAUCAGAAAUAUCGAUCAGAGAAUAUUUUUAUUUUUAUGAAAAGAUUAUAUCGGUGGAAAGAAAUUAGUAAACGCACUUUGGGCUACGCUUAUGCGUUCUGCAAUUUACAAAAGCUAGUUUAAUACUUAGCCGAAUGUUACGAUUAAUAGUGAAACGCUUUUUUUCUAAUCCAUGGAUUAAAAGAUACUUUUUAUUCAUUUGGAAUGUUACCGCCGAUUGAUAUAACGAAGGAAAAGAUUUUUCUUGCACUUCAUAAAAUGUGUGAAGUGAGAUAAAGUCUUCCUCUUAUUUUUUUGUCAAGAGAUUAAAAAGCGUGCACAAGCAUUAAGAAUAUUUUUUUCUUUAACACGCAGGAAGAACAUGUAAUAGUCACAUACAUAUGGUGCUAUACAUAUACAUACAUUAAAUAUAUAUAUAUAUAUAUAUUUAUAUAUAUAUUUGCUUUUUAUAUAAAUUUUAUUAAGUUGCCCGAAGAGAGUAUUUAAUAGUUUAAUACACAUGUUAAAUAUAUAUUAUCGAUGUCUAUUUACUAAUGCAAAGUUCUGAAAGUAAUAGUAUAUCAAAUGUAUUGAAACAAAGUUUAUAUUUAUAUACAAAUUUUUUCUAUCUUUAACAUAUUGAGAGGAGGAACCAAAAAGAUAAUAUUAUUGACAUGCUAAAAAUGCGCAAUAAAUUUUAAUAUGCAAAUUCUUUAAAAUUCUUUAAAAGUGUUGCAUUUUAUUUUAAGUAAAAAAUAUUCCGAUCGUGUUUAUGGAAUAUUCGAAAAAAUUUUUUAAAUAAAAAAUUAGAUAUAAAAUUGAUGGUUCUUUAAAAAUAAAAGAUAGAAUUUAUUUUGAUAUAAUUAUGUUUGCUCUAUCCAAUACAUACUGCCAUUAUUAAAAUUCCAGAUACAGUCGCUUAUUGUAUCUGGCUAUAGGUUCGUUGUCUUUUUAGUAAAGUAUAUUAAAAAGUUUUUCUAGAGAAUAAAAACAAAAUAAUUUUAAUAACAAGAUAGUAAACAGUAUAUAAGAUUUUAUUCAUUGUAACAAAAUCGUACUAUUGUCUUUUAUUACUGAGUACCUGGCCAUGGUUUUCCAUGCGACAGCUAUUUUUCUUUAGAAAGAAUACAUUAAAUUGAAAUUAGAAAAAUGGCUGACAAAAUUUUAACCUACGUUGUAACCUAAAGAAAAAUUUUAUUCUUUAAAUAAAAGUGCCUUCAAUAUAUACUAA